UCAAACCACGUCGCCGACAUCCUCCCAAUAGUCCAGAUCAGAGGUGAAGAAAACGCCUCUUUCUCACCUCUUCCUCCUCGUCUUCAACCUACACAAAGCCUCCCUCUCUCCCUGUUCGAUUCGCCUAAAAGACCGCUCACACUAGACGAAAUCAACCGAGAGGGUUUCGAUCUAGGAUUGGUUUUGGACGAAGGGAAAAGAAGCAGGUAGGAGACAGCCGCUGCCGCCGGAGCAGGUGUCGCCGCCGUCGGGAAGAGA